CGCUCUCUCUCUCUCUCUCUCUCUCUCUCUCUGGGCAUUCUGUUUCUAAAUGCAACAAGCGAUCCCGUACAGCAGCGGCCGGACGUGGUUCGCUCCAACGGUGGCGAGCAACGGCAUCAUCCACGUGACGGACAACGACCGCCCGUCCCUCGACGGGCCGUCGACGUCGUCCUCGUCGUCGGACGGCGGCGGGGGGUUGAGGAGGCUGGUGGCGGAGAACCCGGUGCUGGUGGUGGGGCGGCAGGGUUGCUGCUUGUGUCACGUGGUGAAGAGGCUGCUGCACGGACUGGGAGUCAACCCGACGGUGUGCGAGGUGGCGGAGGACGCCAAGUCGGCUCUGCUAGAGGAGCUGGCGGAGAUCGCCACCGCCGGCGGAGGCGGCGGUGGCGGUGGGGUUCAACAACAGGUGCUUUGUCCAGCGGUGUUCAUCGGGGGCAGGCUGGUAGGAGGGCUUGAUCGCCUCAUGGCCGUCCAUAUCUCCGGCGACCUCGUGCCAAUCUUAAAGGAAGCCGGAGCUCUCUGGCUCUAAAAUCUCUCCCUCUAAAAGUACUUCCUUUUGUCUUUUUUCUUUUGAUCUCAUUUUUGGUUUUAGUUUUGGAGUGGAAUAUGGUUCUAUUUCUAGUUUAAUUUCUACCAUGAUUUUUUCAUUAAAAAAAAAAAAAA